AUGAUGUCCUUUGUCUCUCUGCUCCUGAUUGGCAUCAUGUUCCCUGCCAUCCAGGGGAAGCAGUUUACAAAAUGUGAGCUGUCCCAGGUGCUGAAAGACAUGGAUGGCUAUGGAGGCAUUGCUUUGUCUGAAUGGAUCUGUACCAUAUUUCAUACUAGUGGUUAUGAUACACAAACCAUAGUCAAUAACAAUGGCAGCACAGAAUAUGGACUCUUCCAGAUCAACAAUAAAUUUUGGUGCAGGGACAACCAGAUCCUUCAGUCAAGGAACAUCUGUGACAUCUCCUGUGACAAGUUCCUGGAUGAUGACCUUACUGAUGACAUGAUUUGUGCCAAGAAGAUCCUGGAUAAGGAAGGAAUUGACUACUGGUUGGCCCAUAAACCACUCUGCUCUGAGAAACUGGAACAGUGGCACUGUGAGAUGUUGUGA